GCCACUUUUCCGAAAGGGGGGAGUUUUGCAGGAUCUUUAAUCGGCCUCUAGGUGUCACGAUGGGGCUCCUGGUCCAGGCGGCUGGCGGGGGGUGUUUGUCUCCCUCUAUCGUUAUCGAAAAUUUAGCAAAAAACACUUAUAACCCAGAAGUUCGGGGUUAUGCCCGAUUAUUAAGUGCUAUUGAACUUAUAUUAGACGGCAUUUCGACGAGAUGCUUGAUUUGAACACUUGUGUGUUUGCGCCACUCUUUAGGCCAGGCGUCCAUUUUCUUUUUCUUCUCUUUGUUUCCGUGACAAAAACCCGCCGUUUCUUGAUAGAGCAAACAGCUUAACAAACAAGAUAAAUACCCCUCCCUAAACAUCUCUAGUUUUAAGUUUUGUACUGCACAAACAUCACAGAUAUGAUUAUAAUACCAAACUGGAAUACAUAUCUUUGUUUUUCGGUUAUUUUGUUGUCCUUUAGCACACUGGCUAGCUCAUUAGCAUUAGCAGUUUGUUGGCGCCCCUCCUCAGCCUGCUCAGCCCUUCCUGGCCCAUUACACAGCGCACACAUACACUCACGGUGAUCUGCACUACUAAAGCUUCCACACGAUGAUCUCGAUAUGUAGUUUCCUUCUCUUCGUCUGUCCUUGAAUUGUAUCACGGUGUUGACCAGAGUUAAACGCCGGAAUUGGCAGCUAGCUUUGGGUUGUUUGCUAGCCACCUUGUUGCGCAGAUGAAAAUCGGACGAGGAAGACGCGACGCUCAGUGAAGCAGUCUGCUGAUUUUGGGUAUUACCCAUGGAAGGGGGACCGUCUGAAGCCGUAGUGGACGAGACAGGGGACGCCUUCAAGGCCAAGGAUUGUAAGACGUAUCAACGACGGCGUGAGGACGAAGAGGUUGAAGCGGAUCUACUGCAGGCCGCUGGUCUAGAGGCAGUAGAUCAGUCUGUAGCUGAGGGUGAGGUGACCGAUGCAGUGGUCGAUGCACAGCAGCAGCUGGUUGAAGGUGUGGUGAGCGUAAAUAGUGGUGUAGAAAUGAUGGUGAUGGAUUCCCUAGACCCGUCGCUGCUGCAGAUGAAGACAGUGGAUGGUACCAUGGCCACUGCUGUGGGUGUUGCUGGAGCAGCCCACGAGGCCACGGUCACCACAGUAGAUGACACACAGAUCAUCACCCUGCAGGUGGUCAAUAUGGAGGAACAACAACUUGGUCUGGGUGAACUGCAACUAGUGCAGGUGCCUGUAUCUGCUGUGCCUGUCACUGCCACCACCGUGGAAGAGUUGCAGGGAACAUUGGUGGAUGCUACUGCCAUGCCUAAAGAUGGAGAGCCUGUCAUCUGUCACACGCUACCACUCCCAGAGGGCUUCCAGGUUGUGAAAGUAGGUGCCAACGGUGAAGUGGAGACUGUGGAGCAGGAAGAGCUCCAUGGCCAUGAGGAGCAGUCUUUGCAGCAGGAAGAGGAGGAGAUUCCUGAAUCCCAGAAUGAUGAUCCUACUUGGGCCAAGGAUCCUGACUACACACCUCCUGUCAAAAAGACCAAAAAGACAAAGAAAAGCAAGCUGCGUUAUAACACAGAGGGAGAGAAAGACAUGGAUGUGUCUGUUUACGACUUUGAGGAGGAGCAGCAAGAAGGCCUGCUCUCGGAGGUUAAUGCAGAGAAGGUUGUUGGCAACAUGAAGCCUCCAAAACCAACCAAAAUCAAAAAGAAAGGUGUGAAGAAGACAUUCCAGUGUGAGUUGUGUAGCUACACCUGCCCAAGACGCUCAAACCUCGACCGGCACAUGAAGAGCCACACGGAUGAAAGGCCGCACAAAUGCCACUUGUGUGGACGUGCCUUCAGGACUGUAACUCUUCUGAGGAACCAUCUCAACACACACACAGGCACAAGGCCCCACAAAUGUACUGAUUGUGACAUGGCGUUUGUAACUAGCGGUGAGCUUGUGCGACAUCGCCGCUAUAAGCACACCCAUGAGAAGCCCUUCAAGUGUUCGAUGUGUGACUAUGCCAGUGUGGAGGUCAGCAAGCUGAAGAGACACAUUCGCUCUCAUACCGGAGAGCGUCCAUUCCAGUGCAGCCUGUGCAGCUAUGCCAGUAGAGACACCUACAAGCUGAAGAGACACAUGAGAACCCAUUCAGGAGAGAAGCCCUACGAAUGCUACAUCUGUCAUGCACGUUUCACCCAGAGUGGCACUAUGAAGAUGCACAUCCUGCAGAAGCAUACCGAGAAUGUGGCCAAGUUCCACUGCCCUCACUGUGACACAGUCAUUGCCCGCAAGAGUGAUUUGGGUGUGCAUCUGCGCAAGCAGCAUUCCUACAUUGAGCAAGGCAGAAAGUGCCGUUACUGUGAGGCUGUGUUUCAUGAGCGCUACGCACUCAUCCAGCACCAGAAAUCCCACAAGAAUGAGAAACGCUUCAAGUGUGACCAGUGUGACUAUGCCUGCCGACAGGAGCGUCACAUGGUGAUGCACAAACGUACCCACACUGGGGAAAAGCCAUAUGCCUGCAGCCACUGUGAGAAAACGUUCAGACAGAAACAACUUCUGGACAUGCAUUUUCGACGCUACCAUGACCCCAACUUUGUGCCCACUUCUUUUGUGUGCAGCAAGUGUGGCAAGACCUUCACUCGCAGGAACACCAUGGCCAGACAUGCUGAGAACUGUACUGGACUGGAAGGUGGAGAUGGGGAGAAUGGUGCUCCAACCAAGAGAGGCCGUGGUGGCAGAAAGAGGAAGAUGCGCUCUAGGAAGGAUGAUGAUGAUGAUGAUAGUGAUGAUCAAGGAGAGCCUGACUUGGAUGACAUUGAUGAGGAAGAUGAGGAGGAGGAAGAUGUUCUCGAUGACGUGGAGAUGGAGGUAGAACAGGCUCCACCAACUGUCCCUGUCCCAGCCCCUGCUGAGCCGCCUGUCAAGAGGAAACGUGGUCGACCUCCCAAGAAUCCUCCCAAACCCCCCCCUGCUAAGAACACAGCCAUAGCACCCACUGCAACUGCCAUUAUCCAGGUGAAGGAUGAAGGCACGGGAGCCAUUGAGAACAUCAUAGUGAAGAAGGAGCAGGAUGGUCUGGAUACUUCAGUGGCAGCAUCAGCAGAGCCAGUGGUGGAGGAAGUUGAAGCCACAGAGGGGGAAGUGGAGGCAGAGCAGCUCUCCGUCCCCGAGGCCGCACCCAAUGGAGACCUCACCCCUGAGAUGAUCCUCAGCAUGAUGGACCGGUGAUGUGCUCUCCCAGGCCCAAUAACCACACUCUUGUAUGCGUCCUCUCCCAUGCUGUCACUUCCCUGCCUCACAGGACACAGCCUCCUUUCUGCUGUGUUCUUCAGUUUCUGAUCUGUAGAAUGAAAUAUCCAAUGUUCCCUUUUCACUCUUAAUAUUCACUUAAAAUUUUUUUUGUUGAUGUUACAUGCUUUUGACUCAUGUCAACUGUGCAGGAUCCUUUUCUACAUCUUGAGUUAUUAGUCUGAUUAUUGUCCCUUGUAUACCAUCUAGUGUCUGUGUUGCAGGGUUGCAGAGAUGCUUAAUUUGGAAUACAAUAACUGUUAUUGGUUCCUCAUUUUACUGUAGUGAACUGCGCACAUUUAGAUGUUUUUGCUGAAUUAACAUGCCAAUAUUCUUUCAGCAUCUAGACUAUUAUGUUACCAUGGCAAUAUUUGGGGAAAAAUUGGUGGGCCUGGUAAAGCCUUGAUAUUUAGACUUUCUAUCACUGUAGAAUGGGCAUUUUACCCAACAAAUAUCCUUUUAAUAUCUGACACAUAUGGCAAGUUUUAUUCUCUGUUGCAUUUCUUAUUGCUUUCAAUGAUUACAAUUGAUUAAAAAAGGCAAAGAGUAGAACUAUAGUGAUAUUCUUGUUUGGCCUGGGAGGAUUUCCAUCAAUCACGUUUGAAAUAACUAAAAAUAUGAGGUGGAUAACAUUGUACAAAAGAAGAGUAACCUUGGCUGGUCUUGCGUGUAAAUACGUUUUUUAUUUUUGUUUUAUGAACAUUUUAAUCUUUUUCAAGUGAAUUGAUGACCUUGAAUGCUGAAACGAAGACAUUUUAAACAGUAGUCAUUUGAAAACACGCUCCUGAAGAAUUUUAAAUCUUUACAAGGGUGUAAUGGCAUAAGAUCAUGUAAAUGCCCCAUUCCCAUUUAACUUGGCAUUGUACAGCUUCUAAUGUCCCCUGAGUUUGUGUUUUCAGCUUUACAGGGAAGGAAUUAGAUAUUCUCCUUUAUGGUUAAGGUAGGAGGAAAAGAGUCUAGAGCUUGUUUCUGUCGGCACACAUUUACAUAUUGGUUUCGAGGUAAGCUUAGCUCUUGAGUGGUGUAGUAGUAAUUUAAUCUGGUGCCCAGGGUUUAGCUACUGACACUGUAAAGGAAUGACAGAGGACAGGUGAGGAAAACUGAACGUUGGCCAAUGCUAGAUGAGCACGGAGUCUUGUAACUCUGCAGGCUAUGCCCUAACUGGCAGAUUAGUAUGACUGCUGAAGUUGUUCAUUAAUAACAAAUCAGAAAAAGGUCUCUGUCCAUAGCAAAUUUCUCACAUUUCUGUUCGCAUCACAUUGGAGUCCAUACAGCUUGAGCUUGAUGAAGCCAUUUUGAUGCAUUCUGUUCUGGAAGAGCUGUUUGCAUAAAGUUAGUUCUAAAGAGUUCAUUUUCUGAAGGUUUUUUUUUUUUUUCAGAUUCAGAAUGUUUUCUCUAUUUGUACUUUUGCAUUACAUUUUGUUUUCUUUUGUUAAGCUCUUAAUUUUAGUUUGAUGCUUUUUUUCCUUUUUGUACCUAGCUGUAACUGUGUGAAUUUUACAGUUGUCAGAAAACCAACAUAUAAAGACAUUUAUUAUGGCUGGGUGGGGCUUUGAGGGAAUAGGAAAAAUGUGGAGAAUGUAUUGCUGUACAGCUAAUAAAAUAAUAUUGUCCUA